CACUGAAUGAUAUGGCUGAAUAAUUUGCAAGCAUGGAAGACGAUUUCAGGGAAAGCAGUUUAAGGAGCCAAGAAGAGGAAACAGAAUUUGAUGGGGGCCAGCAGGUCUCCCCAUCACUCCUUCUCCAGCUACCAAGCAAUCAAACGCUACGUUUCCGUGGUAAAAAAGCAGAAGCUUGGGAAGAGGCUUGGAAGGGGGCAUUGGAGCCCACAGAGGACCCCCAUGAAGUAUUGCUGGAAGAAGGGGAAGACAGCCGGCUUCUGAAGGAGCUGCCUCUCUGCCUGGAGGAGAAACGCAAGCUCAGAAUGCUGCAGAAACAGGCAGUCAAGCAGCUCAGCGGUUGGCAACUUUGGCGCAUAGAGAAGUUGAAAACGCUGCGCCAUCUUCAGAGUCAGGCAAGCACAGCCAUCUUAUCAGCUAGGUUGUGGCGAGGCACUCUGCACCACAUCGAAGGCCAUUUUGGAACAGGGAUCCAAUCCUUUUUCAACUUCCUGCGUUUCUUGGUCCUGAUGAAUUUUGUGGCUUCCUUGCUGGUGGUAGGAUUUGUGAUUGCUCCAAAUGCUGCUUUUGAAGCUCUACAACUCAACUGGACAAGUCAAGCGAAUAGUAGUUUGGUGAAUGCACUAUGUCAAAAAUACAAUCCCAUACCUCAAGGCUUGGUCAGCUACUUUUCCUAUAUUCUGGAUCUUCUGUCAGGCCAGGGAUUCAUAGAACAAACUUAUCUGUUCUACGGCUAUUAUCCAAAUAUGGCUGUCAGCUUUGUCAACUUUGCCUAUGACAUUCCUCUCGCUUAUCUCCUCACAACGCUAUUCUACUUGCUGUUCUGCCUAGCCUGGAUUGUUCGCAGGUCAGUCCUCUGUCUCAAACAAAGCCUGGUUAGUGAAGACACAUCCCUUGCAUCCUACAGCAACAAAGUCUUUGCUGGCUGGGAUUUCAGCCUGAUGCAAGAUAACAUGGUCCAGUUAAAGCAUAAAAGCAUCCGCUACGAGUUACGGAUGGACCUGGAAGAAGCCAGUUUCCGCAAGCACCAGGCAGAGUUGACCACAUCAGAGCGAGUUGGCCUUUAUCUCCUGAGAAGUCUGAUCAAUAUCUUGGUUUUAGUGCUUUUGGGAGCCUCCUUUUACUGUAUCUUUCUGGCUGUGAGCUAUUCCCAGAAGAUGUUGGGAAAAGCGGACUCUCCUGAAAACAGUCUCUUCUUUCUGGAUCUGCUGGUGGCUUAUCUCCCUUCCGCUGUAAUCACGGCUGCCAAUCUCCUUGUCCCGAUGAUCUUUGAGUUCCUUGUGCCUCUUGAAAAAUACCCGCUCAGCUUUGAAAUCAAAAUCACACUUCUGAGGAAUGUCGUCUUGCGUUUUGCUAGCCUAAUUGUGGUUCUCGUUACACUCUGGGGACAGAUCACCUGUAAUGGGGACAUGCAGAACUCCGACUGCCGCAAUUGUGGUUAUAAUAAUAAACUUCACCCGUGCUGGGAGACCUCAGUGGGGCAGGAAAUGUACAAACUGAUGAUCUUUGACUUGGUGAUCACACUACUUGUGAUAUUGUUGGUGGAGUUUCCCAGAAAGCUGCUGGUGACUUACUGGCCAUCCUGCCUCUUGCUCAAAUGGUUGGGAGAACAGGAGUUCGGGGUUCCUGACAACAUUUUGAACCUGGUAUAUGGGCAGACCUUGUGCUGGACUGGAGCCCUUUUUUGUCCUCUUCUGCCAGUGCUCAACACCAUCAAAUAUAUUGUUAUCUUCUACAUGAAAAAGCUCACCCUUUAUGCCAACUGCCGUCCAGCCGAACGCACGUUUCGUGCUUCAAGCUCCAACGCUUUUUUCCUUUUAAUUCUGCUCCUGGGACUCACGAUAUCCUGUGUUCCAGCCCUAUAUAGCAUCUUCGUUCUGCCUCCUUCAAAAGCAUGUGGGCCGUUCCGUGAUCAAUCCACCAUGUGGAAUGUGGUCACCCAGGCUGUGUCAGAGUUACCUGCUGGUGCCCAAGACUUCUUGAGAUUUGUGGGCUCAGUUGCCUUUUCUGCACCCUUGUUUCUGCUUCUGAGUGUCUUCAUGUUCUACCUCAAGGCCCUGGCCAACUCAUACAGUUCCAGGAUCAAAAGUCUCAAAGGACAGCUCCGUCUGGAGGGCCAGGAUAAGUUCUUCCUUGUGAAACAGAUUUCAGAAUUGAGCCAAUGAAAGAAAAGAAAAAUCUACACAAGAAUAUAUAUUUUUUCACCUUUUUCAGCAAUACUUCCAAGAUAUCACCACAUGCUAAAUGCGCAGAGCAUAUAAGUUUAAUAAAUAAAUAAAUUUUAUGUCAUAGUUUUCAAACUGCACUGCAGCAAUGUACUAUGAUGGCUUCCA